AUGCGUCUGACUGAGAUUUUUUUGGCGGUUGCUGUCGUUGUUCUGACGAGCACUGACAGUUUAGCUGCUGCUACUGCGAGCACACAACCUGGAGAUCAUGGAGCCACAGACAAGAAUCGCGUGCUUCUCAGUGACGUCGAUCAGAAGAAGGUCGGUUUGAAGCACUUGGGGACGGACCACGAGGAGCGAGCGGCCGUGCACUUCCCCUCCAUCUUCUCGAAGGGGCCGAUUCGCGGUACAUUCAUGAAAUUGAGGAGCUAUCUAUUGAAGAUCAAGUCCAAGACCAAGUGGGCUAACCAACGUCGACGCGGAUUGAAGAUCCCUAGCUAG